CAUCGAAAUCGUUGUUUACAAAUGGUGGACGGAGUAAAACUUUGACAUUUAACGCAUUCUGUGUAAACAUGGCAUUAGUUGUAGAUGUUCCUGGUGUAAAUACUGCGGUUGAGCAUUUACAAGAGCUUGCCGAUCGAAUGCAACAUGACUUUGGGUUUAGUGAUGACGAUGUGAACAAUAUUGAUCAAGUUAUAGAAGCUUUAAGACAACUGGAAGCUGAGAGGAAGGCUGCCCACGCGCGACUGGAAGAGGAGACGAUUAAGGCAAGCAUACAGAGACACUGCCUGCAGUUCCUGCCACAGCAGAUCUCACAGGAGAUCACAGAUGCUGUUGAGUCAGCAAAGAAGUCCAAUGCAGAAGCUAUAGUGGCCCUUAAGAAACAAUUAGAAGAUAUCAAUAACAAUAUCGUCUACCUUGAGGGUUACCAAAAAAAGCUUGAUGAGGAAAAUGCACAUCUACACCCUGAACGAGAGCUUAUCCGUCAACAACAUGAGGAGAUUAUCUCACAACUCAACCAGAGAAUGGCUGAAAAAGCAAGUAUGCAGAUCCAUCUCAAUGAGACCAGGGAUAGAGUGAGGCAGACAAAUCAGGAGAUUGUGGACCUAGAAGAUGGCAUCCUGCAGCUGAAAGAGGACCUUAUACAGGAGAGGGGUGAAGCCAGAAAAGAGAAACGCCAGCUCAAAAAGGCUGUGGCUCACACAACUGAGAAAACCAAGGAACAGAAGAAAAUUAAUGUGGACAAAAAGAAAGAUCUGGAUAUUCUUCAUGAUAAAUUGAUGGAUAGCGAAGGGAAGUUGGAUUCUUUGAGAAAGAGUCUGCGACGUUUUGAGACAAACAAGGCCAAGCUUGAAGGCCAGGAAAGAGCCCUGACAGCCCAGCUCCAGAAACAGCUCAAACAGAACGAUGAACUCAAGAAGAAGGGAAAUGCCAUCAUUGCUGAAGAAAUGAAACUCUCCAAAGAUUUCAUCGAAAAAGAGAACAACUUGACAAACAGGAUAAAAAGGCUUGAUGAAGAGAUCCAAAACCAGACACUGCGCUUUGAUGAGCUCGACACAGAUCGUACAGAACUCUCAUAUGGCAUUGACUUUCCUAUAACUGUUGAGAAGAUACGUGCUAAGGUGGAGGAGUUACUGCAGAUUCGGGAGGAGGAUGCUGAGAGAGUCUCCGAGCUUAAUGCCAAGCUACAGAAUGAGAAGCGUAACCUGUCUUCAAAGGCCGAGGAGGUCGGGGACCUGCAGGGUCAGAACACCAAGAUGACGGAGGAGAUAGAACUCAUCGGAGAAACGCACAAGGCUGUGAUGGCCCAGCUACAGAAGCAGAUAGAGGACUACAGAGCACAGCUGGCCUUUGAGAGGAAGGAAAGACUUGAGGUUCAGGACAGGAAGAACUCUACCUCAAAGGAGCUGGAGGACUUCAAGCUGGACAACCAACGGUUCAUGCAGGAGAUGAACACCACGAUCACACAGGGCAAGCAGGAUCACAUAUCACUCUCCAACGAGGACAAAUCAGAUGAGGAGAUACAAGAUGUAACCACAGUGGAUUCCAGUGAUUGGACUUCAGAAGAUGAAGAAUUGGGAGCUCAGCUCCAGCGUGAUCUACGAGAUGAUGAUAAAGAGAUUCAAGAUCUUGAAACCAUACUGGAGGAGGAACAGCAAAAAUACCAGCAGACCUUUACCAAGAGGCAGAAUGAGGUUGACAAAAUGGAGCGUGAGAUCAAUGACAUGGAGUUCCAGAUCGCGGAGAAGAAGCAGAAGGUUGAGGACAUGGGGCCUGGCUUUGCUGCCCUGGAGAAGGCUUUUGAGGAGAGAACUGAUGCUUAUGAGAAACAAAAAAAGGACAUAGUUGAGCUCAAGGGUAAAAAGAACCAGCUAGAAGAAAAGAUCCGCCAAGCCAAGGACAAGAAGGAACGCAUGGCCGAUCCCCAGGAGAAGUUACGUAAAGAGUUGAAGCAGAAGAGACACGAGGUGAUUUUCCAGCUGAAACACCAGGGAGAAGAGACAAAGGAGAUCGAGUCUCAGAUCUACGGCACCGGAUGUAAAGUGAAAACUAUUCUAGAUGAGAACCAGAGAAUAGAAGAUGGCAUCAAGGCGUUUAACAAAGAAAUAGAUGACCUCCACUAUCAGAUGGAGUACAAUGAGAAACUGAAGGUUAAACUACUUCUGGAGCUCGCUAACACUAAAGAUAUACUGGGGCAGAGCUGGGACGAAGAUACAGAGCUUCAGCAGCGGUACUCAGAGCGAGACCAGUUGGUAGUUGAUGGUCUGGGGGAGCUGCUGGACCGUACGGUGAAGCGUGAGGAGACGAUCUCAGCGGUUACCGGCCGCCUUGAGGUGGAGCUGCAGUUCCUCAGUGACUUCCUGGACAAUCUUGCCAGUCGUAGGCCUAAAGACUCCUAUUUGAGUCAAUGUCGGACUCCUAUCCCUGCAACCCCAGACUCCCGGGAAGGCAGAAGACCUUUGAGUCAGGUGAGCAGCAUAAGUCGGGCAAGCAGCUCCCGCAGCCUGCCACCGCUAGAGAUGGCCGACACCCAUAGUCCGUCCCGACCCACCACGUCUAAGAGUGCACGCAGUGGGCGGAAUGUGGUCAUAUCCGAGGAGGUGACAGAGAUAGCCCAUGGCGGUAACGAACGUACCAAGACCAUUACAAAGUCAAUGUAGUAUGAAAUAAACCCGGAAUAUCAUAAAGUUAUAGGACUGAUCUGCAUUUAGAUUUGCAGCUUUGUGUGCAGUGUCAUAUGAUUGUGGCAUUCAAAGUUUUUAUUAUUUACCAUUAUGAUUAUUCAUGUUUAUCAUUCGGAUAAUUCAUUAUUUUUGCCCAAAUGGAUAUGUGUGCAUUUGAAUUUUCAUAUGUAUUGAGCAUGUUUAUUUUCAAUGUGUAUUGUGUAAUGUUUUUUUUGUUGUUUUUUUUAGCUCUACUGGCCAAAGGCCAGAAGAGCUUAUGCGAUGGUAAUGUGUAUGUAGUAUGUGCAUCCGUGCGUCCGUGCGGUCGUGCGUUCGUGCGUCUGUAAACAAUUGCUUGUGAACACGAUACAGUCUUCAGUUUUGAUUGUGUCUCGAUGAAACUUGUACAGUAUCUAGAUAUCCAUUAGAGCUCGGUUCCUUUUGAAAACCAGCCAGAUCCGCCCAUGCAUGCCUAGAUUAUGGCCCUUGAUAGUAUAAAAAAAUGCUAUUGUGUAUACAAUUGGUUGUGAACACGAUACAGUCUUCAGUUUUGAUUGUAUCUUGAUGAAACUUGUACAGUAUCUAGAUAUCCAUUAGAGCUCGGUUCCUUUCGAAAACCAGCAAGAUCCGCCCAUGAAUGCCUACAUUAUGGGCCAUGAAAGUUUUAAAGAAAUGCUUUCUAUUUUUAGCCAGGUCUGCAUGAGCGAAUUCUAUUUUUAGCCAAGUUUACAUGUAUAUAUGUAAAUUCAAGUCUAGAGUUAAGGGAGACAAUUUGCAAGUCUAUGAUUUUGAGAGACAAUUUGCUUUUUGCUUCUGCAGUUGAUUUUGUGAAUUACUCUGCCUUGUUCUUGUUGAAAGCCCAAAGGCCAUUUUUUAGCUUUAAGUUCUGUGGUUUGCGCAUUCAUCUUAACAAAAUUGGUUGUGAAUGUUUAAGUUAUGCACCUGGUGUCAUUACUGGCCACACCCAGGGUUCACAGGUUUGGUAAACAUAAAUCUGGAAAGGUUUGAAAAUCUUUUUGUGUGUUCGUGCAUCCAUCUCAGCACAAUUGAUUGUGAAUGUUUGUUCAAAUUGAUCAAUGUUGUCCUAGGAUGCCCUUGACUUUGACCUUUUGACCAACUUUUUUUAACUUUUAAAACUACAGAAAUUUUUACUAUGAGUACAGUUUUGAAAGCAUUUUUUUUUUGUCAGAUGACUUUUACUUGGCACAUAUUAAAAUAGUUCAUGCAACUAAUCUGCUUACAAUACUUUCUGGGCUCAGAUGUUGAACGUGCUACGUUUUCAGGUAACCCAAACACAAAACAUAAACUAUAUGUCUGUUGCCUUUUACCCAUACAUACAUGCUCUGGAUUGAUAUGACCACAAAAGCCAUGCCAGUAGAGCAUAGGCCCUUUUGGGCCUCUUGUUUAUUAUUAUUUGGUUAUAAAAGUAAUUUAUUUCAUUUUAAAACUUGUUAAUACAUGUAACAUCUAAAAUCUGUGAUAUGUUGUUCCCUUGUUUAAUAAAUUUAUUGAAAUGGCA